AUGAAUCAAAACAAAAUUGGUAAGCAAUUUCAGAAGUUAAACCCCACUGCAUCAGGACCAGGUUCUGAUUUUAAGCCAAACAUGGGCUACCCUAGGGUGAAUAACCAGCAACCACCACCACCUAGAUACCCAAAACAGAAUCAAAGGUUCAAAGGAAAGAAAAAGUAUAAUCCUAAUGUUUUUUGUACUUAUUGUGGCAAAAUAGGUCAUAUCAUAGAUGAAUGUUACAGACUGAUUGGCUUUCCUGAAGAUUUCAACUUCACAAAUGAGAAGAAUCAUUCAGCACCAGUUAGAGGAAAUGCAGCUGCUUCUAUAAGGAAAGAGGAUCCUAACUACUAUAUGGAUCAAGUCAAUCAACACAUGAGCAAGGAACAAUUUGGACAUUUCAUUCAAAUCAUGAAAGAAAUGAAGAUCCCAAAAUCAACAAUUAAAAGUGCAGCAGCUGAUAUCAAUGCUAAUGCUGUAGCUGGUACUAUUUUGAAAUUCAGGGCCUCAGAGCAUAUGUGUUUCAAUUCUGACUCCUUUAUUUCCUUAUCUACUCUUAGAAUUCCAAUCAAUAUAAAUCUUCCUAAUUCUCACUCUGACCAUUCAAUGAAGAGGCUUCAAGUUUUUGGUGAAGCAAAAGAAGUUUCCUUUCCAGUUUCUUCAAAUGUUUCUUCCAAUGUAAGGCUAUGGCAUGUAAUAUUAGGGCAUUUGCCCUAUGCAUCAAUGAAAAAUGUCAGUUUCUUAUCUAAGUCUCAGCUCUCUGAUUGUUCUUGUGAUAUAUGUCCAAAGGCUAGACAGUCUAGAUUGCCUUUUCCUACUAGUAAAAUCACCACUAAGAAUUGUUUUGAUCUAAUUCACAUUGACACUUGGGGACCAUACAAGAGUUUCUUGUCUAUGACUGAGAGGCAAUUCAAUGCUAAAGUGAAAAUAAUUAGAUCUGAUAAUGCUAUGGAGCUAGGGAAAACUACCCCACAACAAAAUGGGGUAGCUGAGAGAAAACACAGGCACUUGUUGGAAAUUGCAAGAGCCCUUUUGUUUCAUCCAAAGGGAAGGAACAAAUUUGAGCCAAAAGCUCAUAAAUGUGUUUUUCUAGGAUAUCCAAGUAACCAGAAAGGAUACAAGGUACUAGACUUAGAAACUAGGAAAGUCAGUAUUUCUAGAGAUGUUCAUUUUGUUGAGAAUCAUUUUCCUUUUUCACAUCCUACUGCUGAUAAUUCUAUCUUCAUUGACUAUUCUCCUACUCCACCACAGGAUCUUUCAGAUUCUGAGGAUUCCACCAUAAACACAACAACUGAUUUUUUUCCUACAACAAAUGUUCCUCUCAAUUCCCCUGUUAUAGAUACAUCACCAGUACAAUUAACUGUUCCUUCUUCACAUGUUGCAUCACCAUCACCAAUUCCUGUUAGAAUAUCACACAGAACAAAUAUAGGAACUCUACCUUCUCAUCUUAAGGAUUAUAUUUGUAACACCAUUUAUCUUAGUGAUGUUACUGACUCUUGCCUUGCUGUUCCCAGCAAUCCUUCUAGUUUUUCUUAUGCCAAUCUUUCUCAACCUAGUCAAAUGAUCCUCAAGUCCACCUCCACUAUAUCAGAACCUAAAAGCUUUUAUAAGGCUUCUAUGCACACAGGUUGGAAGCAAGUCAUGCAAGAUGAACUUGAUGCCCUACAAUCUAAUCACACUUGGGAAGUUGUGCCUUUACCUACUGGAAGAGAAGCUUUGGCUUGCAAAUGGGUCUACAAGGUUAAGCAACAUGCUGAUGGGACAGUUGAAAGAUUGAAGUUUGAUGUCAACAAUGCCUUCUUGCAAGGAGAACUGCAAGAAGAAGUCUACAUGAAAUUUCCUAAUGGUUUGGAUCCACCUCAACCCAACAUGGUCUGUAAAUUGAAAAAAAUCACUAUAUGGUCUAAAGCAAGCAUCCAGGCAAUGAAAGGUGAAUUCAUUACUAUUAUUGUUGUUUAUGUGGAUGACAUUUUAAUCACAGGCAAUGCUGCUGAUGAGAUUAAAUCUUAA